ACCCCAGACAGUUUUCUUCCUCCUCCUUGGGGAAGGAGCCUCUGACUGAAUGGCAGCUGCAGAUGACUUGCAGUUUGAAGAAUUUGGCGAUGGAGCCACUUUGCUAGCAGCAAACCCAGAUGCUACCACAAUAAACAUCGAGGACACUGGUGAGACUUCCAAACACCAACCCAGACCCCGAGGAAGCUCGGGGAGAGAAGAGGAUGAGGAGCUGCUGGGAAACAACGACUCUGACGAGACUGAGUUACUUGCUGGCCAGAAGAAAAGCUCUCCGUUCUGGACAUUUGAAUACUAUCAGACAUUCUUUGAUGUGGACACUCACCAGGUCUUUGACAGAAUAAAAGGGUCUCUACUGCCCGUGCCUGGGAAGAACUUCGUGAGGCUGUAUGUCCGCAGCAACCCAGAUCUCUAUGGCCCCUUUUGGAUAUGUGCCACCUUGGUCUUUGCCAUAGCAAUUAGUGGGAACCUUUCCAACUUCUUAAUCCAUCUGGGAGAGAAGACAUACCAUUAUGUGCCCGAGUUCCAGAAAGUGUCCAUAGCGGCUACCAUCAUCUAUGCUUAUGCCUGGCUCGUGCCUCUGGCUCUCUGGGGCUUCCUCAUGUGGAGAAACAGCAAAGUGAUGAACAUCGUUUCCUAUUCUUUUCUGGAGAUUGUGUGUGUUUACGGCUACUCGCUCUUCAUCUAUAUCCCCACAGCAGUACUGUGGAUCAUUCCCCAGAGAGUUGUUCGUUGGGUCCUAGUCAUGAUUGCCCUGGGCAUCUCAGGGUCUGUGCUAGCAAUGACAUUUUGGCCAGCUGUUCGAGAGGAUAACCGGCGUGUGGCCUUGGCUACCAUUGUGACAAUCGUGUUGCUUCAUGUGCUGCUGUCUGUGGGCUGCUUGGCUUACUUCUUUGAUGCCCCAGAGAUGGACCAUCUCCCAACAACUACAGCCACUCCCAACCAGACAGUUGUAGCAGCCAAAUCCAGCUAACAGGGAAAGCAACUUUCCUCUUGUGUGUUCCUUCAUGUUUGGUGGUAUGUGGCUCAUCUGGACACAACGUCCACCGCCAGAAAGCAGGACGGGCCAUGUCAGCGGGAAACUCAUUGCACUGAAGCCUCGUCACCUACUUAACAAGAAUUAAGUGUUGGUCUGGGGUGUCAGUCACACGAUAGAACCUGGUGUAUGUGAGACCCUGAAAGUCCAGCCCCGGAAAUAAAACGCAGUGGCGUCCCA